CCGAAGGCCUCGCGGCCUGAGGCGACCUGUCGGGUCCUUCACGUCCUAGCGGCAGUUGGCAGAGCCGGAACUGCGAGUCCGUCCUCAGCGCUGCCUUCCCGUUUCUCUGCGUCUCGCCCGGAGCUCUUCUCAUCAGUCCACCGUCCCCCGACCCAUUCCCUGCGGAGAGCGGCGCCAACUCCGGCCGGGCCUCGAUCAGGCGUCCGCGGAAGUCGGCACGCCCCUUCGCGUCUCCCCGCGGCGCAGGAAGGACCCUGUCCGGAUCGCCGUCGCUUCGUCGCCAUGGCGCCCACCAUCCAGACUCAGGCCCAGCGGGAGGAUGGCCACAGGCCCAAUUCCCACCGGACUCUGCCUGAGAGGUCUGGAGUGGUCUGCCGGGUCAAGUACUGCAAUAGCCUUCCUGACAUCCCCUUCGAUCCCAAGUUCAUCACCUACCCCUUCGACCAGAACAGGUUUGUCCAGUACAAAGCGACUUCCCUGGAGAAACAGCACAAACAUGAUCUACUGACUGAGCCAGACCUAGGGGUCACCAUUGACCUCAUCAACCCUGACACCUACCGCAUCGACCCCAAUGUUCUCCUAGAUCCAGCUGAUGAGAAACUUUUGGAAGAGGAGAUUCAGGCCCCCACCAGCUCCAAGAGAUCCCAGCAGCAUGCAAAGGUGGUGCCAUGGAUGAGGAAGACAGAAUACAUCUCCACUGAGUUCAACCGUUAUGGUAUUUCCAAUGAGAAGCCUGAAGUCAAGAUCGGGGUUUCUGUAAAGCAGCAGUUCACUGAGGAAGAAAUAUACAAAGACAGGGACAGCCAGAUCACAGCCAUUGAGAAGACUUUUGAGGAUGCCCAGAAAUUGAUCUCCCAGCAUUACAGCAAGCCCCGAGUGACACCGGUGGAGGUCAUGCCUGUCUUCCCAGACUUCAAGAUGUGGAUCAACCCAUGUGCUCAGGUAAUCUUUGACUCCGACCCAGCCCCCAAGGAUACAAGUGGUGCAGCUGCCCUGGAGAUGAUGUCUCAGGCCAUGAUCAGGGGCAUGAUGGAUGAGGAAGGAAACCAGUUUGUGGCCUACUUCCUGCCCGUGGAAGAGACACUGAAGAAACGAAAGCGGGACCAAGAAGAGGAGAUGGACUAUGCUCCAGAUGAUGUGUAUGACUACAAAAUUGCUCGGGAGUACAACUGGAACGUGAAGAACAAGGCUAGCAAGGGCUAUGAGGAAAAUUACUUCUUCAUCUUCCGAGAGGGUGACGGAGUUUACUACAAUGAGUUGGAGACCAGGGUCCGCCUCAGUAAGCGCCGGGCCAAGGCUGGGGUUCAGUCAGGCACCAAUGCUCUUCUUGUGGUCAAACACCGGGACAUGAAUGAGAAGGAAUUAGAAGCUCAGGAAGCACGGAAAGCCCAGCUGGAGAAUCACGAACCCGAAGAGGAAGAGGAAGAGGAGAUGGAGACAGAGAAAGAAGCUGGGGGCUCAGAUGAGGAGCGAGAGAAGGGCAGCAGCAGCGAGAAGGAAGGCAGCGAGGAUGAGCGCUCAGGCAGCGAGAGUGAACGCGAAGAGGGUGACAGGGACGAAGCGAGUGACAAGAGUGGCAGCGGUGAGGAUGAGAGCAGUGAGGAUGAAGCCCGGGCCGCCCGGGACAAAGAGGAGAUCUUUGGCAGUGAUGCAGAUUCGGAGGACGACGCUGAGUCUGACGAUGAGGACAGAGGACAGGCUCGUGGCAGUGACAAUGAUUCGGACAGCGGCAGUGAAGGGGAUGGCCAGAGGAGCCGGAGCCGCAGUGCCAGUCCCUUCCCCAGCGGCAGCGAGCACUCAGCCCAGGAAGAUGGCAGUGAAGCGGCAACUUCGGAUUCCAGUGAAGCUGACAGUGACAGUGACUGAGUUCCAAGGCCUUUGGGGCUGGUGCAGAUACCAUUAUUACAACGAGGAAGGUACUUUUUCAGUGGCCAGUGAGCCCUUCAUUUUGUUGAGUCUUUGUUUUUUUCUCCAAACCUUUGCUGUUAAUAAAGUCAACUUCUUUUUACUUCCUCCCA